AUGAUGAUGAUGUCUGCAGAUCACAUUACUGCCAUGUCGCCAGAAGAAACGGGGACAACAAAGCAUAGUUGUAUUCCCGUCUCUGAGAAAGAGGAAAGAAACAUGUGGCAUCUUCUCCCAGAUGUCGUCCUCAUCGAAAUAUUUCUUCAUUUGGAUAUCCAGGAUCGUCUGUGCGCGUCUCAGACUUGCACGCGAUGGGCCAGGUUGAUGCAGACGUCAGGUGAGCUUUGGCGGGAGUUAGAGAUAGACUUGGUUCAGAGUCAGGAUGACCAGAAACCACUGUGGCAAGUCCGUCAUCAUGGACAUUGCACCAGGUCCUUCACCAUUAUAGGGUAUGGCGGAAUUUCCCGACCCAUUUGGGAGCGCUUACGAGACACGGCCAUGACAUGUUUCGAUUCGUUGCGCAAUUCGGCAGAUCUAACUAAUUUCAUCCUCUUGAAGACAGAUCUGACCGAGGUUAAUAAUGGUGAAUCGGUACCACCUUUCCUCGCCUCUCUCGAGCGUCUUCUCCGCUCUCAUAAACAUUUCAAGAGGUUCGUGAUGACGGGAACAAAACUACAAUUUGAAAACGGCAUGAUUAUUCUUGAAGCUUUGAACGAGGGCGUGUGGAAGAAUCUCCUUGACGCAAAUCUGACGGACUUUUUCCACUGGGACGCAAGAGAUGUGCACCGGCAAGACAGAUUUCACAACAUCCUGGGACAGUUUCAGAGUCUACGGAAACUUUGUCUCAACUAUACCUGCGUUUCUGACGAAAUUCUAGCUCUUAUUGGCAAUAACCUAUCCGAGUCUAUUGAAUCAUUAGCCAUCAAGGUGGCCCUGCUAUAUUCAAACACCCAUACGAUACGACCGUCUUCAUGGACUAAACUUCACACGAGAUGCAAGCGUCUGAUGGUCGAUUUUGAAUUCAUUCACGUCUACGAACCUGAAGACGUCACUCGAUGUCUACUGCCAGAGAUUCGCUUGAGAGGUUUGAGGGUGUGGUCGGGUUAUGAUAUGAGACAUCAACACAGGAUCGGGAGGCUAAUUGAUUAUGUAACAGCUUCUUUCCAGAAUUCGCUGGAGACGGCCAGUCUCGAAUUCGACAACACAACCUGCUUGUUCGAUGCGUCAUUGCUGAACCUGGUGAGCAGCUGUAAAAACCUCCAAGAGCUCUUCGUCUGCGCUAACAUGAAUGUCAACACUGUUGCCACGAUCUGCGAGAUGCGAUGGAGGAAUGACAUUGGUCUCACCAAGUUCCACGUGACGCUUUGUUGUGCGACGGCAGAGGAAUGGGAGGCUAUCCACCAACUGGAGGAGGACCAGAUGGAGAAAUCCCGCCACCACAAAGUGGAAAUCUUCUUUGUCACGGACCUGGCCCUUGAUCUCGUAUAG